AUGGACUCCUUCAUCUUUGCGUCGUCCCCCCCCAACCUGUCGGACCACCUCAUGUACGACAGCUUCCUGCCGGGGAACGACUCUGAGCCCCACGGGAACUACUCGGACCCCAGCUUCAACCAGAUCAGCACGGUGAUCAUCACCUGCAUGUACUUCCUGGUCUGCACCGUGGGGCUCUGCGGGAACGCCCUGGUCAUCUACGUCAUCCUGCGCUACGCCAAGAUGAAGACGGUCACCAACAUCUACAUCCUCAACCUGGCGGUGGCCGACGUGCUCUUCAUGCUGGGCCUGCCCUUCAUCGCCAUCCAGCUGGCGCUCGUCCACUGGCCCUUCGGCCCCGUGCUCUGCCGGGUGGUGAUGACCCUGGACUCCCUGAACCAGUUCACCUCCAUCUUCUGCCUGAUGGUGAUGAGCAUCGACCGCUACCUGGCGGUGGUGCAUCCCAUCAGGUCCACCAAGUGGCGCAAACCUCGCAUGGCCAAGACCAUCAACCUGACGGUGUGGGGGGUGUCGCUGAUCGUCAACAUCCCCAUCGUCAUCUACAGCGGCGUCAUCACCAAGCACAACGGCUGCUUCUGCACCAUCGUGUGGCCCGAGCCCCAGGAGGCCUACUACACCGCCUUCAUGUUCUACACCUUCAUCCUGGGCUUCUUCCUGCCGCUCAUGGUCAUCUGCCUGUGCUACCUCUUCAUCAUCAUCAAGGUGAAGUCGUCCGGGAUCCGCGUGAGCUCCUCCAAGAGGAAGCGCUCGGAGCGGAAGGUGACCCGCAUGGUGUCCAUCGUGGUGGCGGUGUUCGUCUUCUGCUGGCUGCCGUUCUACAUCUUCAACGUCACCUCGGUAACGGGCACCAUCAGCACCACGCCUAUCCUGCGGAGCACGUUCGCCUUCGUGGUGGUGCUGGGCUACGCCAACAGCUGCGCCAACCCCAUCCUCUACGCGUUCCUCUCGGAGAACUUCAAGAAGAGUUUCCAGAACGUGCUGUGUCUGAAGAAGGUGGGGGGGCUGGACGAGGUGGAGCGCAGCGACAGCCGCCAGGACAAGUCUCGGAUGAUGAACGACCCGACGGAGACGCAGAGCACGCUGCUGAACGGAGACCUGCAGACCAGCAUCUGAGAGGGAGGAG